GGAGUGGCUGGGGCUGCGGGAAUCCAUGCGGGGGCCAUGGACCGAGCGGCGCUCCUGGGACUGUCCCGCCUGUGCGCGCUGUGGGCAGCCCUGCUCGCGCUGUUCCCCUGCGGGGCCCAAGGAAACUGGAUGUGGUUGGGCAUCGCCUCCUUCGGGGUCCCGGAGAAGCUGGGCUGCGCCAACUUGCCGCUGAACAGCCGGCAGAAGGAGCUGUGCAAGAGGAAGCCCUACCUGCUGCCCAGCAUCCGCGAGGGCGCGCGCCUGGGCGUCCAGGAGUGCCGCAGCCAGUUCCGCCACGAGCGCUGGGACUGCCGCGUGGCCGCCGCCCCCUCGGCCGCCAGCCCCCUCUUCGGCUACGAGCUGAGCAGCGGCACCAAGGAAACAGCGUUUAUCUACGCGGUGAUGGCUGCAGGCCUGGUGCACGCGGUGACCAGGUCAUGCAGCGCAGGCAACAUGACGGAGUGUUCCUGUGACACCACCUUGCAGAACGGCGGCUCAGCCAGCGAAGGCUGGCACUGGGGGGGCUGCUCGGAUGACGUCCAGUACGGCAUGUGGUUCAGCAGAAAGUUCCUGGACUUCCCCAUCAGAAACACCACGGGCAGAGAAAGCAAAGUGCUGUUAGCGAUGAACCUUCAUAACAAUGAAGCUGGAAGGCAGGCUGUGGCCAAGCUGAUGUCCGUGGACUGCCGCUGUCACGGCGUGUCCGGCUCCUGUGCGGUGAAAACAUGCUGGAAAACCAUGUCUUCUUUUGAGAAGAUUGGCCAUUUCCUGAAGGAUAAAUAUGAGCACAGUGUUCAAGUCUCAGACAAAAUAAAAAGGAAAAUGCGCAGGAGAGAAAAGGACCAGAGGAAAGUACCGAUCCGCAAGGAGGAUCUGCUCUACAUCCAUAAGUCUCCCAACUACUGUGUAGAGGAUAAGAAAAUUGGGAUCCCGGGGACACAGGGCCGAGAAUGCAACCGCACGUCGGAGGGCGCGGGUGGCUGCAACCUCCUCUGCUGUGGCCGAGGCUACAACACCCACGUGGUCAGACACGUGGAGAGGUGCGAGUGCAAGUUCAUCUGGUGCUGCUACGUUCGCUGCAGGAGGUGUGAAAGCAUGACUGACGUCCACACCUGCAAGUAACCACUCCGUCCAGCCGUGGGCACCACGCCUCACUGACCAUAGUGGAGUGCCACUUUGCAGGGCUAGUGAAGUCCACUCUGGCCUCGAAACCCAAGAUCCUUGGACCCUCCCAGAGUUCCCUUUACCUGGUUGACGUCCAGUCACACACUGAGCAUAUGGAUUUGGGGGAAUUCUACAAGUUUUGGGUUCCUAAUUUGGUGAUUUGGG